CCUCCCAGUAGUGGGUCGAACUUGGGAGAGAAGAUUUUGGCAAAGGCCAAGACUCAGGAGGGAGUACCCUAUCACUGGGCUGGUGGAAAUUGCAAAGGUCCAACCGGCGGGGGCUUCGAUUGCUCCGGGCUCGUCUCAUGGGCUGUGUGCCAAGUCACUGGUCGUGACUUAUUCUCAGAGGGCCUGAGGGUCACGAGGAGCAUGUAUUGCGCUAAAGAGAGCAAGCUGAAGUACAAGAAAAUCGCGUGGGCCAAUCGCCGCGCUGGAGAUGCCGUCUUCUUUGGUGGUAAGUGCGACUGUGCCAACAAUCCAGAGGGUAUCCACCAUGUCGGUUUGAUGAUGAACAGUGGUUAUGAUAUGUGGAAUGCUUUGAAGACUGGGACGAAUAUCCGACACGAUAAUUUCAAAGGUUGGAGUGAGUCGGCCUGCCCAUAUGUUAUUCGGUUU